ACAUCAAACCUGCAUAAGCUAAAUUGAUAUUGUGCAAUGACAAGUCUAGCUUAUUCCUUCUUCAUCUUGAGUUUAUUUUUUGCCACCCUUCUCAACCUAGUUUGCUCCCAGCUGCCGGACGUGGAUGAAUAUUUAUUCUUCUUUGGGGAUGGACUCUAUGAGGUGGGCAAUACUACAAACAUUAUAAAUCCUGAUAAAUAUCUUCGCACUUAUCAUGCACCAUAUGGCACCAACUUCUUCAACCAUUCUGCUACAGGAAGAUAUUCUGAUGGCCGCAUAGUUCCUGAUUUUGUUGCUGAAAAGGUGGGGUUAAAAUUUAUUGCUUCUUUCCAAAGCGAGGAUGAUCCAUAUUUCACUAAUGGCGCUAGUUUCGCUUCAGAAGGUGCAACUGCUCUGGUGAACUUUACCGGCCAGGUUGAGCUUUUCAAAGAGGUGAAAGAGAUAUGGAGAGAGCAUAUAAAAAAUGAUACUGAAGUCUAUAGGAGGUUGCAUAAAGCUGUUUACUUUAUUUCCAUAGGUGCUCAGGAUUAUAUAAAUUUCGCAGCCAGUGCUUGGAGGAUUUCGGAACCUACUUUUGUGGAUAGAGUGGUUAAUAGCAUAUCUGACGCCAUCAAGAAUUUGUAUGAUCUUGGAGCAUGGACAUUUGCAGUUCAGAAUGUGGUAAAAUUAGGUAGCAUCCCUUAUGUUCGUCAAAUAUUUAACGACAGCAAGCGCUUCCGGGAAAUGCUAUCAAUAAUGGCACAAGCACACAAAGGUGUCCUACCUGAAAAACUUGAGGCCAUAAAAAAGAAUACAGACAAGUAUCCAGAAUUCGAGUAUACGGUCUUUGAUAUUUAUACUGCCAUGGACACAAUGAUUGAUGUACCUCAGGAUUAUGGGUUCAAGGUAGUGGACAUUGCUUGCUGUGGCAAUUCGACGUAUCGCGGGCAAGCUUGUGGAUAUUUGGAUUAUGAAUUUUGUGUGUGUGGUAAUAAGACUGAGUAUUUGUUCUUUGAUGGUACCCAUAACACUGAUGCUGCCAAUGGACAACUAGCUGAAUUAAUGUGGGACAAGAAAUAUGGAUUCGUAUCACCUUAUGGCGUUAAGGACUUCUUUCUAAAUACUAUUGCCAUUCAGACCCUUCUUACCGAAGCUGCUGCAUCAGGUUAAUUGAAGGCAUACUCCCUAUAUCAUGGCUCAUAAUGUAUAUCAUCUGUAUUUCUUUUUUUUUGAAAAAUCAUCUGUAUUUCUAAUAAGGCAUGUAAUUCGCCAUAGUGUUUGUCGUCCCUACUAUGGAGUCCCAUGAAUUGGC